UAUGCCACAACUCUACAUUGCAGCUAGAGAUGGCAGAGGAAUGCCUUCUUCAAGCAAAGGACUUAAGUGGCUUGUUGCUACUGUACUCAUCUCUUGGAGAUGCUGAAGGAAUUGAAAAGCUUGCUUCUUUGGCAAAAGAACACGAAAAAAACAAUGUUGCUUUCCUCUGCCUUUUUAUGCUUGGUAAAGUUGAAGAUUGCAUACAAUUGCUUGUAGACAGUAACUGUAUACCUGAAGCUGCAUUACUGGCACGUUCAUAUCUUCCUAGCAAAGUACCAGAGAUAGUGGCAAUUUGGAGAGACGACCUGAGUAAAAUUAAUCCAAAAGCUGCAGAGUCUCUAGCAGAUCCUUCUGAAUAUCCAAAUCUAUUUGAAGACUGGCAGGUUGCUCUAACUGUAGAAAAAAGUGUUGCGUCUCAGAGGGGCAAUUAUCUUCCUGCUGACCAGUAUGAUGCUAGGGUCCCCCUGGACACUGUGUUCACAGCUUCAGUUAUGAAGAUGUAUCUCAAGGUUUUCAACUUCUUGUGGAUGCAAAGUGAGCUUUGUUCUGGAAACUCAAUUUUUUAUACAACAUCUUCUAUACCUUUUAAAACUGGAUGCCUUUUCCUACUUUGUUCAGUAUGA